AUAGUAUCCUAUUUAUAUCACUUAAAUUAUGAUAAUUGUUUUGAAGUACAAUAUAUUCAAUGCCGUAUGUAAAAUAGUUUAUAUCCCAUUCAUUACUCUUAAAAAAUAAACUUAAUUAGUCAUUUUGCAUCGCAUUGCAUUGUGGCCGUUGAUUGUCCUUAUCCUAGAUCAAGAAAGAGUCAAUGUGGGUCCCAAGGGAAGGACUAAUCCGUCAUUUCCUUAAUUAAAAAACGCGCAUGUUCUUUCUUCUCGUGAAUUAUAGGAGCCUCUCAAAAUCCACACACUCUUCACUGUGACCCUUUAAAUUCCCUCAAACACAAUCCUCUAUAAAUUAAAACCACGCAUCAAAACAAAAGAUUCAAAAAAAAAAACAUCAUGGCUUCAAAAAAUAACAAUGAAUUAAUAAGCCACUACAACACACCGCAUAAGUUAUCUCUUCCACGGCCGUGUUUUUCGUCUGAGGCUCCAACUCCGCCGCCGCGGACGACGGCUAUCUCGGUUCCGUUUAAAUGGGAGGAAGCACCAGGGAAGCCUAAGCCUAGGCCGAGUGACAGAGGGUCGGAACCGAAAGAAAGAGAGACCAGCGUUGUUAGAGCUUUGGAACUUCCUCCGAGGUUGUUGUUGUCUUUGGAGAGUAGUAACAUUAACGCGCCGUCACCGACAACUGUUUUGGAGGGACCUUACGUUGGACGCGCCGCGUCGUUUACGACCUCGUAUAGGGAUAAUAAUAAUAAGGAGAGUGUGAGUUUUGGGUCUAGUAGGUGGGGUGGGUUGAAGAAAAAUAAUAGAAUUGAUCGUGAGGGUAGUUUCGACUUUUCAAGUUGGAGUGUGGAUGGUAGUGAUAAAGUGAAGAUUACAAGGGUUAGGAGAAGAGGAAGCUUCUCAAGCUUCUCACAUGGAAGUUCACAUUUUUUGGCAAGCAUUUAUGGAAGCUUUAAGCAAGUGGUCCCAUGGAGGCGCAAGCAAGAAAAGCAACAGAGACCCAACACCCUUUGAUGUUUAACUAAUCAAACGUUACAUUAUUAACACUUUCACUUAUAUUGUAUAGUAAACAGGACGAAUAAAACAUCAAUUUAGUUUAUAAAUUAUCACUUUCUAUUCAUUUUGAUCUAUCAACUAUGGAAACUCGUAAGGAUCAAAUUGAAAAUGAAUGAUAUUUUAUAGAUCAAAUUGAUUAUUUAUUCGCAGCAAGAAUAGGUCAUAAAUUUAUAAUAUUCGGUUUUAUAGGACUCGAAUAUGUUAGAAAUGAAUUUCAAAUAUUACAUUAUAUCAAUGUGUUACAAAUAAAAAAUCAUAGAAGGAAUUGAUCACUAUCACUAUAUUGGGUUUGUAUGAAAUCACUUAAUGAUAUUAUUACUCAUGUCACAACUUGGCUA